UAACAAUAUAAAUUGAUAUUACAUAACCUAUAGAGAUUGGCAUUAUCAAUAUAAUCAACUUUAGUGGUAAACAGAAGUGACGUAUUUACUUUAUAAAGAGGUUACAUCUUAACAAAUAAUAAUAUGGAUGAUAUACAAAAGAAAAUUCAUAAUUAUAUUAUGAAAGAGAAUCAUAAGGAUGGUGAAUUAAAAUUUCUCACAGCUCGUACAACCAUAGAAAAUACGAUAAAGAUCAAUAAUUUGAGUAAAUCUUUAUCAGAAAUUAUUCUUGCUUUUAAUCUCGUAAAUGAAGAUACCAAAUUAGUUGUUAAUUCAAAAUGCAUAGAAGUAUACAAGUACUUAAUGUUAAAUACUAAUUUCACUGUACAAGAACGUUUGGCUGAAGAUUUGACUCAUGGACAUUUAAUCGAUAUGUGUAACACUUUGUCACCGUAUUUAUUUAUACAAAUUAUCUGGAAAUUGAAGUACGAGGAUAUUUUAUUGGAAUGUAUACUUCAUUCACCAUUAGAAUUGUGUAUUGAAAUAAUUGACAUCGUUAGAAGGUCCAUCGAAGAACUUGAAUAUGAACGAGCCAUCAAUGUCAUAUUUCAAUUAAUAAUAAAUAUUUAUAAGAAAUUGAUUUUAAUCGAAAAGAAUGGUAGUCAGUCGUUACAUAUAGAAGAUAAUAUGAAAAGUAUGACUGCUCAUUUUCAAGAAUUAUUAUUAUUAUUGAGCAACGACAAAAUUAUUCGUAUGGACAAAAUCUCUGAUUUAAAGAAAUACGAAAGGUAUGGUCUGUUGUUAAUAAGAAUUAUUAAUAUGGUCAAAGAUUGUAUAGAAAAUAUUGAAAAUGAUUUGAAAAUAUCUGAGGAUAUUGAAAACAUGUAUAAAAUUACUUUUGGAAAUGAACCUAUCGUGAAAUGUGAGAAUUCUCUUAUUAUGGAAACUAUGGCAACGUUACGUCAAGAAUUGAUGAAUUUACUUUUAAAGAAAAUCAAAGAAAUUGAUUGCAACAUAUAUCUAGGAUGGGCAGAAUUAGAUGAUAAAGAAAAUCCAACAAUAACAUUACAAAAAGCUAUUGGAAAUGAAUGUUAUUAUUUAGUUGAAUUUUGUAAAAGUAACAAGGAUCUAGCAGACAACGAACAUUUGAUAGAAUGCUUGCAACAAUUAUCCUCUAAGCCAAUAUCACCUGAAAUUAAUUCUAUCUUUACUUUGGAAGAAUUGCGUUAUGGUACGACUCAAGGUAAAAAAGAAUGUGUCAAAGAAUUGAUCAGUCGAUACAAAGAAUGGGAUGAAACUACAAUGAAUUGUAUUGAUGUUCAAGAAAUGUCGAAAAAAUCAUUAUUGGAUACAUAUGAUUGUAUAAAUUUACUGGAUUAUCUUACCUUUGUACUUGAGCAACCAAAUAAUGAACAAUAUCUACAACGUGUUUACACAUUUGUUACGGAAAUAUUGAUACAACAAAAUUUACAAUCCAUUUAUUCUAUCAUAGUAGAAUAUAUAACUAAACACAAUGGUAAAAAAUGUUUAGAACUUUUGUAUAACGAAGAAACGUUUAAAGAAUUUAUCCUAAGAAAUACGAACAUGAAAUCGUUGAAAGUUUUGAAAAUAAUUCUAAUGUUCAUUUUAAAAAAUCCAAAUAACGUAUUAGAAAUUCUUUUAAAAAUAGCUAAUGGUUGUUCUGAAUACAAUCAUGUAAUGAUUACAGCAGAAGACAUAUUACUUUUAUCACCUAUAUGGAGCAUACGAAUAAAUGAAAAUGAAACUCUUUUGAGUAGUACAAUGAAAACUGUAUGUAUGGGGGAUGUUGAAUGGAAUAGAAAAAAAUUUAAAGAUCUAUUAUUUAUCUUGGUCGAUAAUGAGCUAUUGACAAUAAACGAAAUAAUAAAUAAUAUUCUGGUGUGUUACUUAAGUGAAAACAGAAGGUCGUUAAGUAACACACAUUGCAUACUUAAUUGUAUUAGAAAAAUGUUAGAUCAUAAUCUUGACGAACCGAUAACAGAAAUAAAUGCUGGUAAUUUACUUCUACCUCUUGGACGAACUAUGUCAUCGAUAAGAAAACGAACAGAUGUAUCGCGUUAUUUGAUUAACGACGUGAUCCAAGAAUUAAAUUUUCUAAUCUAUUAUGUUUUGGUAUAUCAUACGGAUAAUAUGGAUAAUUCAAUGAAAAGAUCUAUCACGAAAAAUUUCGACUGCAUCUUAGAGCCAAUAGAAAAAAUAUAUUUCGCAUCACUUUGGCCACCAUCGAGAAAUAAUUUUGAUCUGUUAGAUAAAAUUCGUGAUUACGAGAGACGUUGUUAUUUUGCUAUAAAUAUGCUUGAAAAUAAUCAAACAAUAUCAAACGAAUUAAAAACAUUUUUGUCGAAUUUAGAUCUCUUAAAAGAAGAUGUCAUACGUCAUAUGAUAUUACGUUCUACUAGUUCAGAAUAUUUAGUAUUAGCUGAUUCAUACAAAAAGUUGUUCAGUAUUGAUUUUUCUAUUUGCGUAUUUUAUAACAAUUUCUUACGUUUGACAAUGGAAACUUGUUCAUUCAGUUUGGAAUAUCCUUCAUUAUUACCAAAACAUUCAUUUACCUUUAUAUUGAAGAAUUGUGUUAAAUAUUUGCAAAAUAAUUUAUUCUCCGAGCAAUCUAGUAAUCCAGAUGAUAUUACGAAUAUUUAUAAAUCAGUUGUUGAAAAUAUUCGUUCGUUGGAUGUAACUAUAAAACGUCGUUGUUCUCAAUCAUAUUCUUUAUCAUUUACGAAUCUUUUCGUUUGUAUAAAUAAUAGCGAUAGCAUCGAUGAUGAUAAAAAUAACACGUCUACUACUACUACUACUACUACUACUAUUACUACUACUACUACAAUAUCAGAAACUCAAAUAAGAGAAUUUUUAAAUAAUGUAGAACGUUUUACCAAUCAAUCUAUAGAAUUGAACGAGUCAAACGAUCAAGAUAAUUGUCAAACCGAAAUUUCGACAAAUAUUUCCAGAUAUCAUUCAAUUUAUUUAUUUAUUUCGACAUGUAUUAAAGUACCAAAUUCGAAAAUUUACGAAUGUAUCGAUGUAAUGAAUAAUCUCUUUGCUUCCACAUAAUUUUAUUAUUCUCUUUUUUUUUUUUUUUUUCUAUUAAUUUAGAGAAACCUCUU